UGGUGCUGGGCGCUGGCGGCGGCCGCUAGCGGCGGGGCAGCGGCAGCAGGACCUCCGCAGGGCCCGAACGGGGCGGGGCCCGGGGCAGCAGGGGCGGCCCGGAGUCGCCUCCGGGGCAGGAAGGUGACAUGGAAGGAGAAACGGUUGAUGCUAUUGGUGAAGAGUCUGAAACUUUCAUUAAAGGUAAAGAAAGGAAGACCUAUCAAAGGCGUCGAGAAGGUGGGCAGGAAGAGGAUGCUUGCCCAAUGCCACCCAACCAGACAGAUGGGGCUGAAGUGGUACAAGAUGUCAGUACUGGUGUCCAGAUGGUCAUGAUGGAGCAACUAGAUCCAACUUUGCUCCAGAUGAAGACAGAAGUCAUGGAGGGUGCUGUGCAACAGGAAGCUGAAGCUACUGUGGAUGAUACACAAAUAAUAACCCUGCAGGUUGUGAACAUGGAAGAGCAACCUAUAAAUCUUGGUGAACUUCAGCUUGUCCAGGUGCCUGUCCCAGUAUCUGUACCUGUUGCUACCACUUCUGUAGAGGAACUUCAGGGGGCUUAUGAAAAUGAGGUCUCUAAAGGAGGCCUCCAGGAGGGGGAGCCCAUGAUCUGCCACACCCUUCCUUUGCCAGAAGGCUUCCAGGUCGUGAAAGUUGGAGCAAAUGGUGAGGUGGAGACACUGGAGCAAGGUGAACUUCAGCCACAGGAGGAUCCUAAUUGGCAGAAGGACCCAGACUAUCAGCCCCCAGCCAAAAAGACAAAGAAAACCAAAAAAAGUAAACUCCGUUAUACUGAGGAGGGGAAAGAUGUGGAUGUGUCUGUAUAUGAUUUUGAAGAGGAGCAGCAGGAGGGCUUGCUGUCAGAGGUCAAUGCAGAGAAGGUAGUGGGCAACAUGAAGCCCCCUAAGCCAACAAAAAUUAAAAAGAAAGGAGUGAAGAAGACGUUCCAGUGUGAAUUGUGCAGCUAUACUUGCCCACGUCGUUCAAAUUUGGAUCGUCACAUGAAAAGCCACACAGAUGAGAGGCCGCACAAAUGCCACCUGUGUGGCAGAGCCUUCCGGACAGUCACGCUGCUGAGAAAUCACCUCAACACUCACACAGGUACUCGCCCUCACAAGUGUCCUGACUGUGACAUGGCCUUUGUGACGAGUGGUGAGUUAGUGCGGCAUCGCCGCUAUAAACAUACCCAUGAGAAGCCAUUCAAGUGUUCCAUGUGCGACUAUGCCAGCGUGGAGGUCAGCAAGUUGAAACGCCACAUACGCUCUCACACUGGGGAGCGCCCAUUCCAGUGCAGCUUGUGCAGCUACGCCAGCAGAGAUACUUACAAACUGAAGAGGCACAUGAGGACACAUUCUGGUGAGAAGCCCUACGAGUGCUACAUCUGCCAUGCUCGCUUUACCCAGAGUGGGACUAUGAAGAUGCACAUCCUGCAGAAGCACACAGAGAAUGUGGCCAAGUUUCACUGCCCUCACUGUGACACAGUUAUUGCACGGAAGAGUGACUUGGGAGUCCAUUUGAGGAAGCAGCAUUCCUACAUUGAGCAGGGCAAGAAGUGUCGUUACUGUGAUGCUGUCUUCCAUGAGCGAUAUGCACUCAUCCAGCAUCAAAAAUCUCACAAGAAUGAGAAGCGUUUCAAGUGUGACCAGUGUGACUAUGCAUGUCGACAGGAACGGCAUAUGAUCAUGCACAAGCGAACCCACACUGGAGAAAAGCCUUAUGCCUGUAGCCAUUGUGAUAAAACCUUCCGCCAAAAGCAGUUGCUUGACAUGCACUUCAAGCGCUACCAUGAUCCAAACUUUGUCCCAGCUGCCUUUGUCUGUUCCAAGUGUGGCAAAACAUUCACACGUCGUAACACCAUGGCGAGACAUGCAGAUAACUGCACAGGUCCUGAUGGGGUAGAAGGAGAAAAUGGCGGAGAGCCCAAGAAGGGAAAACGCGGGCGAAAGAGAAAGAUGCGCUCCAAGAAGGAGGACUCCUCUGACAGUGAGGAAAAUGCAGAACCUGAGUUGGAUGAUAAUGAGGAGGAGGAAGAUGAGACAGCAGUUGAAAUAGAGGCUGAACCAGAAGUGGAACCUGUGGCUCCCGCACCACCACCAGCUAAGAAGCGAAGAGGACGGCCACCAGGCAAAGCCAAUCAACCAAAACAGACCCAGCCAGCAGCAAUCAUUCAGGUGGAAGACCAGAACACUGGUGCAAUUGAAAAUAUUAUAGUGGAAGUCAAGAAGGAGCCAGAAGCAGAGACUGUAGGAGCCACAGCAGGAGCUCAGCCAGCUGCAGUGGAAGCACCCAACGGAGACCUCACCCCAGAGAUGAUUCUUAGCAUGAUGGACCGGUGAUGGAGGAAGGGUUGGGCUCUGACUGAACUGGCCUGGGCUCUUUUGAAGUGGCUCGAUCCCUUUUUUUAAUUUUUACCUUAUUUUUUGGCUUUGGGAAAUGCAUCAUUUUUAGACCAUUUUACCAAACAACCUGGGAAACAAAACUCCAAAUGAUGUUAGAAAGUGAUUUGCCUAGAAUUCUCUCUUUCUCUCUCUCUUUCUCUCUCUCUGUUUAAUGUUAGCCUAACCGGAUCAUGAACAUGGGGCGAUGUCUCUGGAGGAUCUCCUGCAAAUCGCUCGAUCCAGUUAGCUUUGAACUGCAUUCUAGUGAGAGGCCAUGGACAGUCCUCUCAUGUAAUGUGGUGGGGCGGGGGGGGGGGGGAAUGGAAGCUCAGACUCAUGGGCCACGCAAACUGCCCUGGAUCUGGAUGUGCGUUCCUUCAAGCCCUCUGGCCUCAUUUUGCUCUUUAGAGGUUUUUAAUUGUAAAUGCAGACUCAGGAGGGUUGUAAAACUUUUAUUGCAUUUUUGGUUUUGCUUUCCCCCCCACCUUGCCUAUCCACUGACUGGCUCCGUGUCAGCAUUGUAGGUUUGGCAUGCCCCAGCUGUGUCUUUCUUCCCAGAUGCUUUGCUUUCUGCAGGGCAUCUCUGUAAUGAUCAAGCUUGUAAAUAACUUUUUUUACAUUUUAAUCUUUUUCCAUUUAAUUGGGGCGGGGGGGAAUACAGUUUAAAAAGAAAAGCCUGUCAUUUUAAACUAUUGCAAAAAGGAAUUAUGCAGGAAUUGGUACCGAAUGAAAUGUUGGAACCUCGUUAUCACAUUACUGGAAGAGUGCUACCCAACCGUAAGAAGGUGGAAAUCAACACCUCAGCUUGGUUUCUAAGUACAUGGACUUGGUCAUGAAACAUGUCACUUAAAACUCCUUUUUGAGUUUCCAGUUUUCACAACUUCAUUUUCUUUGCUUUUUUUCUUUGUGUUUAUGAAUUCUGUGUUAAAAGCCAAGGUGUUAAUUUGAAAUAGGGCUUCCCAGUCCUUGAAACCUAGGGCAGGAAAUUUUACUAUGUCAGUAAUUAUAAGAUUUGGGGUCUUGAAUUAAAAAAAAUAAUGUGAAAAACAAAAUGAUGACUGUAUAUGAACCAUCACAUGUUAAAAAUACAUAAGCUUUUUAUAGAGCCUCAGUCUUGCUGAUUUCAAAAGAACUUUCUUCUGUGUAUCGCUUUUAAGAGAGCUAUCAGGUUAGCUAUCCAAUUCUAGGUUGAUGCAUUUUUGUACUUAGCUGUACUGUGUGAUAUUUUUCAUUAUUUUAGAAAACCAACAUGAAAUAAAAUGUUAUAAAAUACAUAAUGGGGUUUGGACUCUGGGAAGGAGAAUAUACUGCUGUACAGCUAAUAAAUAAUAAUGAUUA